AUGGCGUCACCAAUGAGCCUCGGAAACGACUUUCACGUUAUCAUCGUCGGUGCAGGACUCGCGGGGCUGUCAGCUGCUUUGUCAAUCAAGCUUGCCAACCCGUCACAUCGAGUAACCAUUUUCGAAUCUGUCGAGGAACUCAGAGAAGUUGGCGCGGGCAUACAGCUUACUCCCAAUGGCGUACGCCUCCUUGAGAAGUGGGAUGUGAUGAAAGAACUGCCUACGGCAUUGCCGAACACCAUGAGUGUAAGACGCUACGAUGGCUCGAGGCUGCUAGCACAUGAGCCUUUCCUGCAGCAGCUCUUACAACGUCGCUGUGGCGCCUCGAUUGUUGAUGUCCACCGAGCUGACCUGCAAAACGCCAUGCUCGCCAAGUGUAUUGACGAACUGGGUGUCACCAUAAAGCUUGGUAGCUCAGUAAAGUCAGUCGAAUUCAACGAGGCCGCAGUGACUCUCGAAAGCGGUUCAACAAUUCACGGGGACGUUGUUCUUCUCGCAGACGGCCUGUGGUCAACAAUUCGCAGCGAGUUCGCCGGGAAGGACCAUCCGCCUAUCGCGACGGGAGACUUGGCGUAUCGACUUCUUAUCUCCGUUGACGAGCUCAGCGGCCCCGAUGAGGACGAGCUACGAGAAUUCAUCAGCCGUCCUGCUUUGAAUUUCUGGAUUGGACCGUCUUCCCACGUCGUUGGGUAUUCCUUGCGUGAAGGAACCAUGUUUAACUUGGUCUUUCUUCGACCGGACGACUUGCCUGAUGGAGUAUCUAGGACUGGUGGGACUCAAGCCGAGAUCAGCUCUGCACUUCCCUGGGACCCUUUGCUUGUGAAAUUUCUACAGGCGAGCAAAGAGGUGACCAAGUGGAAGCUGAUGUGGGCUAAGCCUCUGUCCCAGUUGGCUAAUGACAGCGGGACGUUCUUCAUGGCAGGAGAUUGUUGCCAUCCCAUGCUCCCAUACCUAGCGCAAGGGGCGAACUCGAGUCUAGAGGAUGGCGCCGUACUAGGACAUCUACUUGGCAAGGUUUCAAAAGCAAACAAGACCAAGCUUCUUCCUGUGGUUGCGAGGGUGUAUCAGCGUUUGCGAAAUGACAGAACCCGCUGGAUUCAGGAGGAGGCAUUCCGCCAACGGGACGCACUCCAUCUUUCCGAUGGCGAGGAACAGAGGGAGAGGGACAGAGACAUGGUCGGACAGCUGGGAGUUGAAAUACGGGGGCCGUUUCCAAUAAGGUUCUUUUGUCCUGAGGCCCAGCGCCUGAUGUUUGCGUACGACGCAUAUGAGCAAGCUGAGAGGGGUUGGGACAAUGAAUCCAGCACGUUAUGUUAG